UUCUCAUUCAACCAACUGACCGCGAGGAGAGACGGACGCCACUGAAUUCUGGGUGUCUUCACUUCAUAUCUCGACACUGCCGAGCUGAUGACGACGGUUUGACUAGUACGGGUCUUGAAACACCUUCUCUCGGCCAGAAGAGCACUUCCCGGGAGAAGGCGAUGUUCCAGCUCAAUUCCAGCUCGGUCUCAGAAGAACAGUGCAAUGCAGAGGCUUGCGCUGAACCGGCGGUGACGUCACCCAUGUGGAAGGCUCCUAGCAUACAAAUAGUGCACCGCCGGGUCAACCCAGACUGCCUGAAGACAGUCGCACAACCACGAGUGUCGCGCCGAGUUUCCUUACAAUCCAUUCGACGACCCGAAAGCAAGAAGAGUUCCAAUGGCCGACGCCGUACUGAACCAGCUAAGCGCAGCCAACGCAUUCGAUCUGCGAGGUGUUGUUGCAGUCGUGACGGGCGGAGGUUCGGGUAUUGGUUUGAUGAUAAGCUCGACGUUGUUGGCGAACGGCGCUACGGUGUAUAUCAUUGGUCCCAAACAAGCAGACUUGGACAGAACCGUAGCUGUGUAUAACGAGGCCGCCGAAAGGACCGGGCGUUCCGGCCGGAUGUAUGGCCUGGAAGGCGACAUCAGGAGCAAGUUGUUCAUAUGCCGCAGCAUACUCGACGGAGUAUCUGCCCGUCCGGUGGCGAACACUGCUGAAGCAUUCCGCGCGGCGUACUUCGACGCCGUCUCGCAGGAGCAAUUCGACAACUCCCUCAGGACGAACGCCGUCGGCCCGUACUGGUUCACCUUCGCGUUCUUGCCGCUGCUUGAGAAGUGGAAGAAGUAUGAAGGCGGCAGUCGGAAGUUCGCCCCGCAAGUCAUCAUGACGUCCAGCAUGAACGGGUGGACGAAGGACCUAAAUACCGCAGGGCGAUCGUACCCCUACAUGUUCUCGAAGGCGGCCAUCGGACAGGCUACAGCCACCCUAGCAAACGAGCUGCUUCCGCUCGGCUUGUUCGAGACGGAAAUGACCGCGCCGGGGAGCGCUGACGCCGUCGGCCAGUCACGCAUACCAGAAGGAGUGAAGCAGAACUUCGAGGUCCCCGCAACGCAGCCGCCUUUGGACGUGGGUUCCCUGGCGUUGUUCCUCGUCGGGAACUGGUUCGUCAACGGGGAGACGGUACUUAUUGAUGGAGGGACUAUGCUUGUGCACCUUCAUCGUACUGAGAUAACCUCCCUAAAAGUGAGAUGUCACGAGUUCGCCAUGAGCACCUCGUAA